GACAUCUACAGGUCGCAAAUCGUCGGAGUUACGGGGUGAUUCUAUCAUCGUUCAGUCGUUCCUCGAAAUCGUCUUUGAGACUCGAUCGUGUCAUUCGCGCAAAGAGAGAUUCUGAUCGUCCAGAUUGGCGAAAGCAUAUUGGAAAUUGAGCAUGGCUACCGCGCAGGUUCCUCAGCCUAACCUCGACCGCUACGUGGUCAUUCACGUGGCCACGACAUGCGAUGAGCAUGGCGUUUAUGUCACAAAGGACUCUGCUGAGGUCAUUGAGCUUGGCUGGAUCCUGCUCGAUGCUAAAAGCUGCGAAGAGCUUCACCGCGAGAGCGUGCUCGUCAAGCCGGUGAACACUCCUAUUACGCCUCUCUGCACGAGCCUUACUACCCUAACAUGGGAGCACGUCCGCCAAGCCGCGACUUUCCGCGACGCUGUUAACCGCUUUGACGCCUUCGCCAACGAGCAUCUCCUCUCCAACAAUCUCGAGUUUGCCUUCGUAACCCUCGAUUCCUGGGAUCUUAGAGUGCAGCUCCCCCGUGAGGCUCGUGACAAGGCCGUUGUCCUCCCUCCGUACCUCCAGCACUCUCGGACAUUCGACCUGCGGCCUGAGUACCAGCGCUGGCAGCAGCACCACCCCGAAUCUCUCCCCUUCGGCCCCAGCUCGCUGGCAAACAUUUGCGCUGCUUUGGAGGUGGAGCCCGUCCAAUCUUCUGCUCCGAUCAAGCACAACCUGCCCUUCCACCUGCAGGCGCUGGCGCCGGCUUCGCCUCGUCGUGCCAUGGAGGAGGCCGUCACUCUAGCUAGAGUUUUGCGUGGUCUUAUCCGCAAGUCUCAGCCUCCCCACGAGCACCCGGAUGUGCUGACCCGUCCCCUCGAUGCCCGCGCCGACGUCCGUGCGUUCUUGUCUGAGCGUUCCAAGGUCCUGCACAUGAGUGGCCUUCCCCACGAUACUACACAAUCCGAGCUCGAGAGUUGGUUCACCCAGUUUGGUGGUCGUCCGAUAGCCUUUUGGACUCUUCGAACUCCGGACCAGCAUAAGCCCACCGGAACUGGUUUCGCUGUUUUCUCUUCCCACGAGGAGGCGGCCGAGAGCCUUUGCAUGAACGGUCGAGCAUUGAACGAAAAGGCAAUUGAGGUGUCCCCUUCUUCGAGCCGAGUCCUCGAUCGUGCCGCCGAGAUCCUUACUCCCUUUCCCCCGAGCAAGAACCGACCGAGACCUGGCGACUGGACCUGCCCUUCGUGCGGUUUCUCCAACUUCCAACGUCGUACUGCCUGUUUCCGAUGCUCCUUCCCCGCCAUGUCGUCUGGCCCUGCCGGCGACCCUAUGGGUUUCCCUAGCUUCCCCUACGGUCCGCCAUCCAUGAUGGCGCCACACCAUCACCACCAUCACAUGGGCCACGGCCAUGGUAUGGGACACUCGCGCAUGGGCGGCAGCGGUGGCAUGGUUCCCUUCCGGGCUGGUGACUGGAAGUGCGGCUCCGAGGGUUGCGGCUACCACAACUUUGCCAAGAAUGUCAGCUGCCUUCGCUGCGGUGCCAGCCGUGCUGGCGCUGCUGUCGUUGCUGAUUCGGCUUUCCCAUCUCCCAUUGAUGCUGCUGCUGCCGCUGCCGCCGCGGCUUACGGCAUGGGACCUCCGUCAGUUGCCGGCACACCUGGUCCUGGUGCUUUUGCCGGUGCCGGUAAUGCCUUCGGCGCUGGCGCCUUCCCCGGCCAGCAGUUCGCUGGACCGCCCAGCACCUAUGGUCUACCCUCGGCCCUUGGCGGCGCAACCGCUGCGCCUUACCCAUCGUUGAACACUCAGUUCAACUCUCCGGCCGCUCCCGCCGGCGGUCUUCAAUCUGCUGGUCCCUUUGACAGCCGUGCUGCUGAGGCAGCAUUCUCGUCUGCUGGCCCCGGUCCGGCCUCUGCGGGAGCGUCCAAUGGCGGUUUCUACUCGAUGGAUGGAGGUUCAGAUCCCUUCUCCUUCCUGUCGACUGGCCUCGGUGGUCUCACCAUGAGCGACGAUGCCCGUCGGGAUCGGAUCAAUGGCACGACGACUACGGGCAAGUCUCCCGCGUAAGUGAUGAGGCUAUUGUCCUAACGCAGAAAACGCUAUCUCGACUAUUUUUCGUAUCUAAUCCCACUUGUGGGCUCUUUGGUUGCUGUCUAG